GGAACAGGGCUGGGGCUGGGGCUGUCACCCACGCUGCUGGAAAAGACUCAAAAAGAGAGAGACAGAGCGGAGGAAGACGGUGAGAAUCUGGAUGGUGUUCAAUCUCCAAGGGGCGUGGGAUAUGUGUGGUGAGCGGGGGCGCCGCUUAACCUCCGUAGGCUGUUUGACAUUGAGGUCAAGUUUCCCCCGGGUGGGUUCCCUAUCUUUUUUUUCCCUCUCGCCCGCUCUCAUCCUCUCCUUCUCCAAAUUCCCUCUGAACUCUUUCGGGACCCUGGUCCGCAACUCCCACACAGUCUAUACUUCCUAUUCGGGAAUACAUGCUCAGGUUCUUACAGAUUGACAUUGACGGGAUGACAGAGCUGGAGCUCUGGCCGAUGAUGCUGAUCAAUCACCAAGCCCACUAAGAAACGAAUACUCUGAACGACCUCCUUA